GGCAUGUAGGAGGACCACACUUGACUAACAAUGAACCAUUUCACAUCAUAGUGCUGCUUCCUCUAGGUCUUCGAAGUGUUAGAGACGAAGCUGAACCAGUAGAGAGAGAAAGAGAGACUCACUCACUCACAUCACACACACUCUCUCUCUAGAACUCUCUGAAAAUGCGGCGACCUUCGACGCCAUUGACACAGCUCCGAGGCCUCUUCCUUCGCUCCUCUUCAUCUUCAUCUUCAACUUCAACUUCAACACAACAACCUCAUCAUCUUCUUCAUCAUCGCCCCUCUCUCUCCAAACCCUCCUUUCUCUCUCCUUCACAACCACCUCACCACCACCAUCACUCCGCCACCUACUUUCUCUCUCUACCCUUCUCUUUCUCCUCCUCCAGACCCAUAUCAUCUAUCUCUGACACCAACCCAGAAACAGAGAUCGCCCAAUCUCUCUCCUCCGAGCUUCUCAAGGACCCAAUUGAAGACUCACUCUCUAUAACCCAACAUCUCGAUCUCUAUUUCUCGCACAUCACUCUAACCCCUUCCCUAAUCCUCGAAACCCUAAAUCUCUCUCCAAAUGCUGGCCGCACAGUCCUAGGGUUUCACAAAUGGGUACUGAACAGACCCAAUUUCAAGCCCUCCGACGAGACAUUCUCGUACUUCGUCAAUUAUUUCGGCCGCCGCAAAGAUUUCAAAGCAAUCCACGAAGUCCUCGUCGAUGGCCGCGGCGUCUCGGGGCCGAAAACCCUAGAAUCGUCGGUCGAUCGGCUGGUUCGAGCCGGUCGGCCGACACAGUCCGUGUCUUUCUUUGAAAAUAUGGAGAAAGAUUAUGGAUUUGUUAGAAAUAGGGAGUCACUGAAAUUGAUUGUUACAAAGUUAUGUGAGCAUGGGUUUGCGAGUUAUGCUGAGAAAAUGGUGAAGAGCUUGGCAAAUGAGUUCUUUCCAGAUGAAUAUAUAUGUGAUGUGUUGAUUAAAGGGUGGUGUGUCGAUGAGAAGCUCGAUGAGGCGAGGAGGUUGGCUGGGGAGAUGUAUCGAGGAGGGUUCGAGAUUGGUUCUGUGGCUUAUAAUGCUAUUCUUGAUUGUGUUUGUAAGCUUUGUAGGAAAAAAGACCCUUUUCGGAUUCAAUCCGAAGCUGAAAAGGUGUUGGUUGAUAUGGAUGUUGCAGGUGUUCCACGCAAUGUGGAAACAUUCAAUGUUUUGAUUACUAAUUUGUGUAAAAUUCGCAAAACCGAAGAUGCGAUGAACCUGUUUGAUAGAAUGGGUGAGUGGGGAUGUUACCCAGAUGAGACUACAUUUCUUGUUCUAAUUAAGAGUUUGUAUCAGGCUGCGAGGAUUGGCGAGGGAGAUGAGAUGAUCGAUAGAAUGAAAUCGGCAGGAUUUGGUGAAGCUCUUGAUAGGAAGACAUAUUAUGAGUUUAUAAAGAUUUUGUGUGGAAUUGAGAGAAUUGAUCAUGCUAUGAGUGUUUUUGCAAAAAUGAAGGAGGAUUGUUGUGAUCCCGGCAUCAAAACUUAUGAUUUGUUGAUGGGGAAGUUGGUUGCUCACAGCCGUGUGGAUAAGGCAAAUGCCCUUUUCAAGGAAGCUGAAAGCAGAGGGGUUCCAGUAACUCCCAAAGCCUAUAAGUUGGAUCCUAGAUUCGUGAAGAAACCUAUAGUUGUGAAGAAAGAGAAGAAACGGGAAACAUUGCCGGAGAAAAUGGCAAGGAAGAGGAGACGCCUUAAGCAAAUUCGAUUAAGUUUUGUGAAGAAACCAAAACGGAUGAAUCGCAGGGCCAUUUGAUCUUCCAUCCCGAAGUUGUGCCUGUAUUUUGACGCAAUUAUCAAGUGGCACGAUCAAAUUUAGCAGCGUUUUUUUUUUUUUGGUAGGACUUUGUUCAUUUGUUUUUUAUGCUUCUUGUUGUUUUACUUUUACUCUUUGGCACCCUUAGAACUAAUGCAGUGCAAGAUAGAUUGUUCUUUCCAUUCUUGUUUUGUUGUGUCCAACAUGAAUUUCUAUGGUUUUUUUCAUGGCAAGAAACAUCUCUUGCUUCAUAAUACCAUCAAACUUCAGAAAUUACUACUA